GCGUCAGGCGCCGCAGCACCGGGGAGGUGGGUCCCACUUUAAGAAGUGAAGUUUGUCGCCCCCCCUCCCCCUCCCUGCCCCCCGCCUGCAGCCUCCCGCGGCCCGCGGAGCUGGCGGAUGGAGCUGCGCCGCGGCGGCGUCGGGAGCCAGGCGGUGGGGUGCAGAAUGGAUGGGGACGGCCGAGAUGGCGGCGGCGGCGGCGGCUGCAAGGACGCCGGGUCGGAGGACUACGAGAACCUGCCGACCAGCGCCUCCUUAUCCACCCACAUGACAGCCGGAGCGAUGGCCGGGAUCCUGGAGCACUCGGUCAUGUACCCGGUAGACUCCGUGAAGACGCGGAUGCAGAGUUUGAAUCCAGAUCCCAAAGCCCAGUACACAAGCAUCUAUGGAGCCCUCAAGAAGAUCAUGCGGACUGAAGGCUUCUGGAGGCCCUUGCGGGGCCUCAACGUGAUGGUGAUGGGCGCGGGGCCGGCCCACGCCAUGUACUUUGCCUGCUAUGAAAACAUGAAAAGGACUUUCAAUGCCGUUUUCCACCACCAAGGAAACAGCCACCUAGCCAACGGCAUAGCUGGGAGUAUGGCCACUCUGCUGCAUGAUGCGGUAAUGAAUCCAGCAGAAGUGGUGAAGCAGCGCAUGCAGAUGUACAACUCGCCGCACCGCUCGGCCCUCAGCUGCGUCUGGACAGUGUGGAGGACCGAGGGCUUGAGGGCCUUCUACAGGAGUUACACCACGCAGCUGACCAUGAACAUUCCCUUCCAGUCCAUCCACUUCAUCACCUACGAGUUCCUGCAGGAGCAGGUCAACCCGCACCGGGGCUACAACCCACAGUCGCACAUCAUCUCAGGAGGGCUGGCCGGGGCCCUGGCCGCGGCCGCCACCACCCCACUGGAUGUCUGUAAGACCCUCCUCAACACCCAGGAGAACAUGGCCCUCAACCUGGCCAACAUCAGCGGCCGGCUCUCGGGCAUGGUGAACGCCUUUCGGACCGUGUACCAGCUCAACGGCCUGCCCGGCUACUUCAAAGGCAUGCAGGCGCGCGUCAUCUACCAGAUGCCCUCCACGGCCAUUUCCUGGUCCGUCUAUGAGUUCUUCAAGUACUUCCUCACCAAGCACAAACUGGAGAGUCGGACUCCGUACUAAAGGAAGGGGCGGUGGAAGCCAUGCCGGAACCCUUUAUUUUCCAAGGGCUUGCCCUGCCUGCGGCCGUUCCCUUGCCUCCUCCCCAGAUGGUGUUUUUCAAGGGGUGUUUGCAGGGCGGGCCUUUCGAGAGGCCCCUUGAUGCCUUCGAGAAAGGGGGACCAGACCGUCACUUCCUGGAAGGUCUGCAGGGACAUCCAUGGCGGUGGCAGGAGGGGGCAGAGGCUCUGGACGGAGAGUGAGGAUUUGCCUUGCGUUUUCCUCCCCGGUGAGGAAUGUAGCUUUUCUGCUUCGCUCUCGCAGUCUCCUCCCAAGAAACGUAGAUCCACACGGGAGGGAAGAAAAUGUGCAGAGAGUGAAAACAUGAAAGAAAAAAAUGUAUAUAAAAGUUCUAGUACACAGCAGAAAAUAGAUGGAUAAUGUUUAUCCUUUAUUUUUCUAUGUAGAAGUUUUUGGAUUUGUGUGUGUUUGUGUGUGUGUGUGUGUGUGUGUAUGUACACGUAUGUGUACAAUUAAGUGUUACAGCUGGGAAUAUAAAGCUGUUUUAAAAAUCAAAACAAAAAAAUCAGAGGGCUGAAUUCUUCCAUUGGGUUAGGUGGAAAAAAAAAAGGCACCAAAGGAAUCAGUUGCCAAACACAGUCCUAUAGUUGUGCCGAGCCUCCAAAUGGAAGUUUGACUUGAAUGUAAAGUAAUAAAGUUUAUAAUUUGAAUUUCUCUUUUCGUGGUGGGGGGGGAGGAGAAAGGGUACGUUUAAAACAAUCAAAACGAUGAGUUCUUUAGUCACUUACCUUCGUGUGCCUUUUCCCUUCCUUUCCUGAAAGUUGCAGUCUGGUGUGGGUGCAUUUGCUCUGCUCUAAACCAGGCACAAAUACCAGGUGACAGGAUGACCCCUGGGUGGGGGGGACAUGGCCCCCAGUGGAAUGCAGAUGACUCAUCUCACCCACCAAGACCUUUAGCUUCCCUCCAGAGGCUGGAAUGCAUGCUCCCGGGCCCAGCACUUAGAGUUCCCGAAAUGCUUUCUUUUGGGACAGGCAAUUGGCAUCAAUGCUGCUGCCUCCAGCCUGGGACUUCUUUCCACAUCAACCUUUUGCUGCAGGCACUUUUCAGGUAUUCUGGACCUUGUGUCUCUUGACCAAAACUUGUUUCCAGUGAAGUUUGAGGAGUUAAAACCCCACAAAAACGUGGCCAGUGCAUCUCUGGCUUCUCUCUCUCUCUGUGCCUACCACUGAUUCCUCACAGAGCUCCCCGCAGCGGAUCCAGGCCUUAGGGCCAGCCCUGCUGCUGAAGCGGGACCUUGCACACUCACCAGGACACCCACCCCCACCCCACCCAACCCCCAGCCAUCUCCAGCCUCUCUUGGUUGGUGUCUCCUGCGUCCUGAAAUGGGGCCGCAGAGCUAGAUUAUCUCGGAGAAAAUGCAGGCCUGUUUCCUCCAGCCUUGCCCUGCGAUUGGCUGCCAGGUCUCUCCAAGGCAAGACCAAAUGACUGGAUCAUUUCCUUUUGGAGCCUCUCUUUAAAAAAAAAAAAAAACCCAAGCAGGAAGCACGUGUGUUUUCACGCUGGAAGGCCUGGUCCUGACCUUGACCUGGUCAGACAUGGUCAGUGUGAGGAGCAGACCCAGGCUCUUCCUGACUGUGGCUUCCUGCAACAACUCUGGUGGCACUGGACAGUUUUCCUCUCGAGACCUCUUGCAACAGUGCCUUGGGGCUGCUUCCCCCCUAAGGAGUGCCACCUCCACACUUCAAGUGUGUGUACCUUCGGGCAGGGCCCUGCUCCAGGGCUGGGGGGCCCAGCUGUUGCCCCGUCCCCCUUGGGAGCUGACCCCAGGAGGAAACCAGGGCAACAAGUUCUGUCCCCUGGGGCUGCAGAAAGCCCCUGGACUCACUGCUGCUGUCAGAAGUGUUUACAUCUGCUCCUACUAUCUCCUACCUGCCUUUUAAUAUGCUGGGAUUGGAGCAAUAAGCAGAUUGAAUUCUUUUUUU